GUUGGUGCAGCGGUGACUGUAGUCUGAAUGCAUACAAACGGGUGUCCGCAGCAAUGCAAUAAGACUCCGAAGCGCUUAACACCAGGAUUAACACCCUUCUUCUUAAGAAAAGACCGAGGCAAACCCCGAAAAGGUGUGAAGUUGUUUAUUUCCACUUGUUGGUUGCUCAUCAGGUGUCCUCUUUUUUUACCUGUUUGCCCUGGUUAAACAUCACCAUGCCGUUCCAUUUCCCCAACAAGACGAUCUACAAAGGUCCAGUGGACAUCGUGAAGAAUCUAAAGGACAACAUCACCGUUCUGGAGAAGCGGGACAUCUCGGACAAGAAGGCUGAGAAGGCGUCUGAAGAGGUAUCAAAAUGUCUUCUGGCCAUGAAGGAUAUUCUUUACGGCACUAAUGAGAAGGAGCCGCAGACUGAAGCUGUGGCUCAGCUCGCUCAGGAACUGUACAACAGCGGUUUGCUCAGCAUCCUAGUUGCAGAUCUGCAGCUCAUUGACUUUGAGGGCAAGAAAGACGUAGCGCAGAUCUUUAACAACAUUCUGAGGCGUCAGAUCGGUACGCGGACACCUACUGUAGAAUAUAUGUGCACUCAACAGAACAUACUCUUCAUGCUGCUAAGAGGUUACGAGUCUCCCGAUAUCGCUCUGAACUGCGGGAUCAUGUUGAGAGAAUGCAUACGGCACGAGCCGCUAGCCAAGAUCACCCUGUGCUCGGAUCAGUUCUACGACUUCUUUAGAUACGUAGAGAUGUCCACCUUCGACAUCGCCUCAGAUGCAUUCGCCACUUUUAAAGAUUUGUUGACUAGACACAAACUGCUCAGCGCAGAAUUUUUGGAGCAGCACUAUGACAGAUUCUUUAGUGAAUAUGAGAAACUUCUUCACUCAGAAAACUAUGUCACCAAGAGGCAGUCGCUAAAGCUGUUGGGAGAGUUGCUUCUGGACAGGCACAACUUUUCCAUAAUGACGAAGUACAUAAGCAAACCAGAGAACCUAAAACUCAUGAUGAAUCUACUGAGAGACAAGAGCCGCAACAUCCAGUUUGAGGCCUUUCACGUUUUUAAGGUGUUUGUGGCCAACCCGAACAAGACCCAGCCGAUCCUGGACAUCCUGCUGAAGAACCAGACCAAACUCAUCGAGUUCCUCGGCAAGUUCCAGAACGACCGCACCGACGACGAGCAAUUCACCGACGAGAAGACCUACUUAAUCAAACAGAUCCGCGACCUCAAAAAGCCCAACCCGCAGGAUGCCUGAGAAACAUAAGAAACCUUUUCCAAAGCGUAGAGAACGUCUAGGCAACGUCUGGACAAUGUUUGGCUCUCGGGGAUGUAAAGUGGCCGCAGCACAGGGCAUGUUUGAACAGAUUUGUGUUUUGCAGAAAGCGGUAAACAGCGCUUUAGCCAGACAAGUGAAAAAUGAGAUGUCUUGCUUCGCUGGACAUACAACCGCUCCCCAACAAUUUUAUUCUCACGUUUAAAAAAAAGCAAGCGAAUGAAUAGAACAGGCGGUUGUAGAUGCUGCUGCGUUAUUAUUGCACAGUGGAGGGUUUGUACCUUGCACACAAACGCACUCAGAUGUCUCUGUAUGCUAAUUAACACGUAAUAUGUGAAAGAAGUUGGGAUAUUAAUGAAUUCAAAGAAUUUGACAUGCAAAAGCACUUUACAUGUGGUGCAUACGUGAUGUUUUGCACAAUUAUGUGUUUGUGAGAGAGAGAUAUUCAUUUUUCAUAUUAGAAGCUGGCGACUAGGUGAACGCGCACAUAAGUUUGUCCAUUUUCUCUUUAGUAGACUUCAUGCACGCACAUCUCAAGGUCUGAAAGUAUUUUUGAAACCGGUUUUUGAAUUAAUGUUUUGGUUCAUGAUUAGUAUAUGUGGUUAUGCUGUUGACUUUUAUUCGUACUGUAUUCUUGCUUUCUCUAUCUCUAAUGGCUGUUUCGUGUGAAUGUCAUAUACAGUAAGCUAACUUACGGUAAGUUUUCUGUGGUUCUCACCUCAAGUCAUACAUUUUAACUAAACUUGUUCCAAGCAUUUAGUAAGACUGCAUGAUCAAUAGAUCAUUAACUUGCCGUGUCUCGAUGAUUUGAGAAUCUCACAAAACCAUGUCCAGGUCAUGUUUAACCCCAAAAUUAAAAGAUGAUAAAUAUAAUUUUAUAUAAACUAGGAAAGAAAUAGUUUACCUUCAAAAUUAAAAUUCUGUCAGGUUCUCACCCUGUUGUCAUUUUAAACAGUGUGAUUUUCUUUUGAAAUGAUGCUUAAGAUACUUAUAAUUUUGUUAACCCAAAAAAACGUCGGGCCCCAUUGACUUCUAUUGUAUGUACACAAAACCAAAGUCAAUCGGGACCGACAGUUUUCCCUUUUACGAACAUUCUUCAAUAUAUCUCCUUUUGUGUUCCUUAGAAGAUAGAAAGUCAUACAGGUUUGAAAUGACAAGAGCGCAUGCAAAUAAUGAGAGAAUAUUCAUUUUGUAUGCAUUGCAAUUUGUGUUUUAAGCAUAUUUCCACAUUUAUAAUUCUUUCCAUAAUUUGUCCUGUUUUACUUUUCGGUCAUUCUAGUUUUAUGCCACUAUUCUCAUCACUAGUGGUGAAUUUAGUGGCUCUGUAUUUAUAAAAACAACAUGUUCUCAAGUAACAUUCAAUUGGUCUUAUGUAACAUAUUAUGCCAUAUUAAUCCCGUGAAGUGGUAAAACUUGACCUGGACAAGUUUUGUGAGAUUCACCCGCGUGUGUUUAUUUCCUUUAAUAUGUAUUUGGGGAAUAACUUAUUCAAGGUGAGACAUUAUUAGAGGCAAAAUUAUCUGUUUUGAAUAGAUGCUAGGGAGCAACUCAAGCCCUUACUAGUGCUUAUUGAGCGAGCACAUCCUCAGUCAACAUUUUCAUUUAGCUGUUAUUAGUUAAGAACUCGGUACUGUCUACGUUAUAUUGACAGUUGUCAUUUAUUUAAAUCAACCUGAAUGUCUCAGAUAUGACACAAAAGAGACACUUUUUUGGUUAAUCAUUUUCAAGCUUCCUUUGCAUUACUGCUGUUUCUCACAUGACCAGUGGCCAUAAAUACUUCAAACACACCCGUGAAAGGACUCAAAACAUAAUGUAACGUUAGCUUGUUUUACAUGCAAUGCAGAACUUUGGCCGGAGUCUAAUAAAACCAGUUCUACAGAAAGUUUACAAUACUGGUCAAAGUUAAAUGGCAUUGGUGUGUCUAUAUUUUAAGUCGGCGGUGACUUAUGAGAAACAAAGAAGCGUAAUGAUUCUGUACUAUAAUCUCAGCAUAUCUCUAUGGUGACUAGCAAAUCACAAUAAUAAACCCGUAUCUGUGAUUUGGGCUAAACAAUAGAUUUCAUGUGGACUAACCGGUUAUGGUCAUCAUUUAUGUCUGGUUAAUAACCAAGAGCAUUAAGAUUUCUGAGAGUAGAACAUUUAACUUGCAUAUUAGUGCAUGUUUAUAUUUUAAAGCCUUAGGUUACGCAUGGUCCUCUCUAACAGGCCCCGGGUCUGUUCAAUUCAACAGUCCAACCCAAUGUAUGGAGGUCCAGCCCGAGUAAUAGCUGUGGGCGCUGGGCAUGGAAACGGUGGGAUUUUAUUGAAAUUGUCAAUCAGUAGUCAGAUUAACAGCUGGAAAUAAAGUUUGAAAUAAAUACA